AUGAGUUUCGACGGUCUGAGGUAAAGUACCUGCCCUACUUAUCCACCUGAAUGGACCGGAACAGACAACGUAAACUGCUGCCUCCAAGCCUGUUUCCACCGACUGUUUAGAAAGCAGUUCAGAUGUCUGCUGGCCUGGUUGGACGUGGCUCCAGGACCGACCUGGACUGGGAGGGCCCUCACUAUGACCAGGUUCCUCUGGGAUCCUCAUGGCAGGACCAGAGUCUCCCUCCUCCUCCGCCUCCUCCUCCUCUCUCAGCCAUGCUCGGUUCCGUUCCGGCUCGCAGCUUGGACCCCCUGCCCCCUCCUCCUUUACCUGAGCAGCCUGCAGUGGGCCUGGAGGAAUACUACCCGCCCAGUCUAGCUCCGUCCCACGACAAAGUGGCCGAGCUGCACUGCGACCCCAUGGAUAUAAAACCAGUGCAUCGUUUCAUUCCUGACUCUGUCAAGGACUUUUUUCGUGGGAACAGUUUUCGAGUGAGCAGCAAGAGGUCGUCUAAAAAGAACCAAUCGACCCUUGGGGUCCCGUGUUCACCUCCCCACUCGCCUCCUCCGUCCCCCACCCUCUAUGCCUCCUCUGCUCGCAGCUACUCUUCUCAAAAGGGGAAAGAUGCUGGGCUCCUGGAGGAAGGCUUCGAGUCGGCAUCGAUGGUGCCCACAAACGUGUCAGCCCAGACCUACCAAGAGCGGGUGGAGGAGUACCACAUGCGUUAUGCCUACAUGAAGUCGUGGGCUGGAUUGUUGCGGAUCCUGGGGGUCGUGGAGCUGCUGCUGGGAGCCGCUGUGUUUGCCUGUGUGUGUGCGUACGUACACAAGGACAAUGAGUGGUUCAACAUGUAUGGAUACUCCCAACCACAAAUAUACGGCGGGCUGGUGGGCGGCGCUGGAGCGUAUGGAUCUGGCAGCUACUACACCGGCCCGAAGACUCCUUUUGUUCUGGUGGUGGUGGGUCUGGCGUGGAUCGUGACCAUCAUCGUGCUGGUGCUGGGGAUGACGCUGUACUACCGCGCCAUCCUGCUCGACUCCUCGUGGUGGCCUUUGACCGAGUGUGCGAUCAACGUGAUCCUGGCCGCCUUGUUCUGUGCCGCCGGCGUGGUCUACGUGAGAGACACCACCCGAGGAGGUCUGUGCAACAUCCCGGUUUUUAACAACGGAGUCAACGGGGCCUUCUGUCGAACCGAAGCGGGUCAGACUGCAGCCAUCGUCUUCCUCUUCAUCAACAUGGUGCUGUACGCCAUCGGAGCUGGUGUCAGUUUGAAGCUGUGGAGACACGAAGCUGCAAGGAUGCGGAAGAGCGCUGCAGCUCAGGAGAUGGCGACGCUGUCUUCAUCAGUUCCUAUUUCGGUGCUUGACGGAGGCUCCAGGGUCUCGGAGCGCACACCUCUUCCCACCUACGUCCCAGACAUCAUGGACAUGCCCACGAAUGCUCGGGAGACUCACCUGUUGGAGCCUGAGAUACUCAGGGGCCACAUACCGGCCGGACACAUCCCAAAACCUGUUGUCAUUGCUGACUACGUUGUGAAAUACCCCCGGAUCUCCUCGGAGGAGGAGAGAGACCGGUACAAGGCUGUGUUCAACGACCAGUACGCCGAGUACAAGGAGCUCCACGCUGAAGUACAGGUGAUGGCCAAGAGGUUCGAGGAGAUGGAUGAAAUGAUGCAGGACCUGGCGUCUCGGCCCUCCAGCCAGAUGGAAAAGGAGCGCAUCAAUAACAUUUUGCUGGAGUACCAGAGGAAGAAAGCUGAUCCGACAUACGUGGAGAAAAGAGAGAGGUGCGAGUACCUGAAGAAGAAGCUGUCUCACAUCAAGCAGAGGAUUCAGGAGUACAACAGUGGGGCAAACCUGAGUGACAGCGCCCUAAAGGAAUACAAAGGCUCGAAUGUUUCCUGGUUUCCACGCUGCUGGUUGAGGCUCAGUUUCCAGUGCAGAAUGCCGAGCCAUAACCGCAAUGGAAGUGGAAGCAAACCCCACAGCAGCAGGCACAGACACAGUGAGAUCAUGUCCAACCCUGCGUUCUCCUACUACCCUGGAGAUCAGAUGCUCCACUUUUACCGCUGGACUUCCCCACCUGGAGUCAUGAAGAUUCUCUCCAUUAUUAUCAUCAUAAUGUGUGUAGCUAUCUUUGCGUGUGUGGCCUCUACGCUGGUGUGGGACUACGACAUGAGCCUGAUGGGUCUUGGAGGUGGUGCUGGACUGGUGCCGGGCUAUGGUUCCGGCACAUAUGGGUCAGGCUCCUACGGCGGGUCAUACGGCGGCUCCUACGGCGGAUCUUACGGCGGCGCUUACGGAGGCGGAAUAGGCGGCAGUGGUGGCGGCUAUUAUGGAUAUGGAGGCACACAAAUGGAUCCUAAAGCAGGGAAAGGCUUCAUCAUCGCUAUUGCUGCCAUAACCUUCAUCGCUGUACUCAUCAUUUUCAUCUUGGUGGUUUCCCGACAAAAGACUGCCCGGUCGGCGAAGUUCUACCUCGCCAGCAUCAUCAUCUGUGCCAUUCUGGCCUUCUUGAUGAUCAUCGCCACCAUUGUGUACCUUGUGGCGGUGAACCCCACCGCUCAGUCAUCUGGAUCUAUUUACUACAAUCAAAUUCGUCAGCUGUGUGCCCAGUACCAGAACCAGAACCAAGCCCAAGGCAUCUUCCUCAACCAGUAUCUCUACCAUUAUUGUGUGGUGGAGCCCCAGGAGGCCAUCGCCAUCGUCCUAGGCUUCCUGGUGUUCGUGGGUUUGAUCAUCCUACUGGUGUUUGCUGUGAAGACUCGUGCCGCCAUCCGUCGCUGGGGUGGAGAAAACAUCCUAUGGGAGGAAGUGAAGGUGAUCGGUGAUCAGCAGCACAGCGUCGGGGAGUGGGUGAAGAACGUCUCCGGUGAACCUGAGGUGCUGCUUAACGACUACAACGAUAAAGUCGGGGCUCCCGCGGACUAUCUGGAGAGACUCGACAACAACAGACCUCUGUACCUGCCUGGUGACUCGGACAUCAACAGUUCCUUGGAUGGAGGCAAAGCCAGAAUGAAGGACUACGACGCGGGUGCAGAGUCCGGAGACGAUUUAGAGGAGGAGGACUUCAGCGACUUGUUUCCCUCCAUUUUGGACGAGCAAGAACGGCUGAACUACAAACUGGAGUUUGACCGUGACCACCAGGAGUACAAGAGUCUCCAGGCCGAUUUGGACCACAUCAACCACCGACUGGAAGACCUGAACCACAAACUGGACCGGCACCCGGAGGGCAGCCCGCUCUUCCUGGAGAUCAUGGACGAGUACUCCAACUUAAGGAGCCUGAAAAAGUCGUCGGACUACCAGGUCAAGAAGAGGCGCUGUAAAUACCUCAAGUCCAAACUGUCUCACAUCAAGAGGAAAAUCAGUGAAUACGACCGACGGCCGUGAGCUUUUACUGUUGCUUUUACUGAAGUCAUUGAAGAAUCUUUUAGCAUUGUAGUCGCAUUUUAUUGUUAGAACAACAGCGGUUUUUGCUUUUUUUUAAAAUUUUAAUUAAUUUAUGAAUGUUCAAUGUAAUUACAGUGUAAAUCAGAGGAACCUUUUUUCAAAUUUCUUUUGGAGGCAUUGUGUUGUGAUUCUUGCUCACCACUCUACUCCCCGAUUUUUCCUCAGCGUUUUGCAUUUUUGCCUGUUUAUGUUUAUGAUGCAGUGUCAAUUAAAAACACAAAUUCCUCUU